UAACAGGUGAAACAGUUAUUACGCCACUUUAUGUGCGAACUCAGCAUCGAGAGGUACUCGUUAAGAAAUCUACUUUUGACAAGGGACAAAAGGACAAUAUAUACUCUGAAAGAGGAUACUAUUUCGACAAGUAUUUUUUAAACAACAAAAUGGCAGCAGCUCCCUACCCCUACUUUUGGGUACGUAAGAUGCGAUCUUUCUUCGUCCUCUUUGACAGAGAUCUUGACGGAUUGGUCAACAAGAAGGAUUACGUCGACUGGAUUGCUGGAAGAGUGAGUCAAUUAAUACCCAAGGAGAAAGCGGAGGCAUACAUCCCACUGUGUUCGGCGGCUUGGGACUUCUACUGGGCCGACAAGGCGGUCAAUGACAACGUCAACAUAAUUGAUAUGAUUCAAAUCCAUUCUCGCUAUCUCAGUGAUCCGAACUUCCACGAGUCGGCCGAAGAAUAUUUUGCUGCUUUCUUCGACUCUGUGGACGCCAAUAGCGACGGGAUGAUUUCCCUACCCGAGUACGUGGCUUUUCUUGAAUGUUACGGCGUGCACCCCCUAUCGGUGACUCCAUCUUUCGAGGCACUGGACACCAAUCACGAUGGAAUGAUCAGCAAGGAAGAGUUCGUCAAAGCCGGGACCGACUAUUUCCAAGUCACCGCAGACACGCCGGCAAAACUUUUCUGGGGUCCUUUCCGUGGUUGA